GCUGCUGUUGGCCCCGGUCGUCGUCCGCCGCCGGCAUGGCACACCCCCUGCCGCUUCUUGUGGCCGCGCUCAUCGCCUCGGUGGCAGCGCAGGAGUUCUACCCUGGGGACGCCUGCUUCAACAUGAACCGGUGCGACAACCUGCCCUUGCAGUUCGACCGGUCGGGAGUGUACGUCCUGUCGACGGACCAGGGCUCAAUAUCGGUAUACUGUGACAUGGACAAAGGCCGAUGGACCAACGUCCUCACCAGGGGCAUCGACGGCUCAGGGAACUUAAAAGACCAGCAGAAGUCCUUGGCAUCAGCCGACCUGAGCUCCAACGAGAUGGAGCUGGGGUUCGGAGAGCCUGCAUCGGAGGAACACUUCAGAGGUAAGCUGCGUCAUAUGGAGCUGGGGUUCGGAGAGCCUGCAUCGGAGGAACACUUCAGAGGUAACCUGCGUCAUAUGGAGCUGGGGUUCGGAGAGCCUGCAUCGGAGGAACACUUCAGAGGUGACGGCCGGCUGCAGACGCUGAACGGAGCCGUCUUCACGUCCACCUGCGAGCCGGCCGUCUGGUUCGCUCUCCCGUCGGAGAGCACGUGUUCGGCCAGCACGGCCGAGGGACCGUUCCUGACGCUCGUUUUGGACGGCACAAACCAUCGAGGGGGCGCCUAUCCUUGGCCGACGCUGAGCACCGAACUGAAGGCCGCCACACUCCGGCUACGUGGUGGUGACGCUGUUGAUGAAUGCUCGGAAAGGAGUUUGUUUGCCUUCCCGGGAGAGGUACUGGAGCAUGUGGAGAUGAACAUGACCAGCUUCAGUGUGGGGUCUUCUUUCACCAUCAGCUGCAAGAACCGAGCACUGGUCCUUCCAACCGAGAGGACUCUGAGUUCGGGCCUCUCCAACUCCGUGACGUUCACCUGCGCCAAAGAGAAUGCCGACGCACAGGCAGCCAUGGACGACUGGCCUCUGCUGACUGGCAACCCCUGCAUUGAGCCAUGUCCGGAUGGUUACACACUGUACCUGGGGACCUACCAGUUCGGGGGCGCCCAGCAGGGUCGGACGACGUGCAUCAAUUCCAGCCCCAGCUCGGGCGUCAACGGGCUGGUGGCGGCGGCCAAAGCCUGUGGCGACGCCGAUGAGCAGCUGCUCGACUUCUUCCUGCCGCGCAGCUCCGUGCCCAGCGCAGACCCGCAGCAGAAGUACAUCAUGAACGUGCAGACAUACCCCGACAGUGGGAGAGUCAGUUACUUCAGUGCCAGGAUGGAAAAGGUUAAGACAGUAGAUGCAGUUAACCCAGGUACGAACUGCCUGCUUGCAAGAUACGAUGCAGAGGAUCAGAACCCGAUAGACGAGGCCUCAGCUUGCAACAGAGAUGCCGAAGGGAACCUUGCUAAUCAUCGCUACUUUUGCAUGACCAAUACCGGCUGCCCGGACGGAGAGCUCUUCCACAAGGGCUUCUGCAUCAAGAUGGUGGCGGAUGCGACGGCGUCCAACCACGAGGAGGUGUGCGGCGAAUUUCGCAGCUCACCCGCCGCGUACACGCCAGAGCUCGGCAACACCGUGGCGCGGCAGCUGUCCGGGUCGUAUCCCGACCUACAGCCCAUGGUCGGCGUGUACAAGCGCGGCGGACAGUUUUGGAGGCCGGGUGGCGUGGCGUUGAACGAGUCGGAUUUUGAGGACGGACUGGGCUCGGCGCGGCAGCGGUGCGCGGCCCUGUCCGCCAGCAACCCGGCACUGCUGACGGCUGUCUCCUGCGUAGAGAGCGACAUUCAACGCGGCGUCCUCUGCCAGACCCCCGGAUACGUCAUCGAAGCGACACCCCGCUGCUCUCUGGAGUAUGAGCAGCUGGUGGGCGCGGCCGCAGACGGCGCCGUGCCGCCGGCGGUACAGCGCGUGCCGUCGCUGUACAGCAGUCGUAUUGAGCCGACCAUGCAAGGAGACCAAGUGACGCUGACCUGCCCGGAGGGCUUCAGUCUGCACACCCCCGAAGGGUCACACUCGAUGGUGUACACCUGCACCGGACUGAAGCGCGAGUGGGUGCCGGAGGUCGACUUGCCGGAGGGAGUCAGCGAGGUCGCGCCGGCUCUAUGCGUGCUCGCAUGCCGCCUGCCGGACGCCACGCAGAAGCCCGCCAGCAGUGAGAUGGAGCAGAGCGGCAUCCGGCUGACGCACACGUGCAACGCGCAGCUGUUGACGGCCGACGGCAAGCAGGUGCAGGAGCAGGUGUGCGACCACACCACCAGCCAGUGGAGCCCGCCCGCCGACCAGCUGAAGGACUGUGACCAUUGUACGGGGUCGCCGGUGGUGCCUAACGCGGAGAACACAUUCACGAGCAACUGGGAGACGGAUCUAAACUCGUCCAAAGCACUGAACACCACCGUCACGUACACCUGCAACGGCAUCUUGACGACGGCAAACGGCAGCACGGAGCAGUGGCAGUCGUGCACCGCGCGUGGAUGGGUCGGGGACGUGGCCGAGUGCUCCGAGUGCCAGCCCUGGGACGACAGCGACCCGCUGGUCGUGGUCUCCGUCUCCGACGCGCCGGGCUUCGGCCGGACGACGAAUUUGAGCUGCGUGGAGGGCCUCCGCCUGGCCAGCGGGUCCAGCAGCGAGAUGGCCGUAUGCACGCCGGACGGCUGGAGCACCUGUGAGGACAACUUCAACUGCACACACUGCGCCGGCACGCCGCCCAACGUCACCGGUCAGGCGCUGGUGACCUCGGACUGGGACGGCAGCUCGGCCGAGCUCGGCACCUCCGUCACCUUCACCUGCGCCGCCGGCCUGGCCACGGCCACCGGCGACACGGUGCAGCACUCUAUCUGCAGUGCGAGCGGCGGCUGGGGCACCGAUCUGCUGCCCUGCACCUACUGCCUGGACCCGCCGGAGGGCAACCACUCAACGAUCGCGAGCUCGGUUAGCGAGGGAAACGGCUCCUUCGGCUCCACCUGGACCUUCCACUGCGCCGACGGCCUGUCUGCCGCCAACGACUUCACCAACAUCACCAGCGUGUGCACUGACACAGGCUGGACCCAUUGUCAGGACGCCAUCCAAUGCGAUCACUGCGCGCCGCUGGCGCCCAUCAGCACGUGGGGCGGCACGCUGACGUGGGACUACAAUGGCACGAACACGCUCGACACGGUGGUCACGCUGACCUGUAACGCGGGCAUGGCGACGCCGGACACGCUGCGGACUGAGCAGACCACCGUGUGCGGCGUGGGCGGUUGGAACGUGACGGGUCUGCGGGCCUGCUCUGUGUGCACAGAGGAGCCUCCGGCGCCGGCCGCUUCCAUGAAGAACAUCUCCUGGACGCAGGGCGUGGACGAGGUCACGUACGAGUGUCUGGACGCGUUCCAGCUGCCAUGGAACUUGACUUCGUACGUUCUGCCCUGCUCUGUCAUCGGGUGGGACACGUGCGUUCCCGAGUGCAGUGCCUGUCGCGACCCCGACAUCUCUGUAGACGGCGUGGUGACCGUGGCGAUGGACGUCCAGCGGGGUGGCAAGGCCGUCUUCAACUGCAGCAGCGACGCGCUGACGACUGCCACGGAGCUGAGCUCGCAGGAGCUCACCUGCACCGAGACCGGCUGGGCCGGCGGACCCGUCCUCGCCUGCGACACGUGCUCUGGCGACCCACCGGAGCCGGGCACCGGCCAGAACCGCACCUGGAGUGAGAACGGCACGCUGGGCGAGGCGGCCGUGUACCAGUGCGCCGAGGGACUGGUGACCUCGGAUGGCUCCGCGGCCCAGACCGUCACCUGCACGGAGGACGGCUGGUUUGGCGCGGCGUUACCGUGCGACCACUGUCUGGCGCCGCCCGACCCGCUGCACAGCACCCAGCGGAGCGACUGGAACGCCAGUCUGACUGUGGCGCCGAUCGGCAGCGUUGUGACGUACAGCUGCGGCGACGGCACGGUCGUGCCCGCCACCAACAGCAGCAAUCAGACACUGGCCUGCCGUGCCGACGGCUGGGACGGCGCCAUCCAGCACUGCGCCGCCUGCCUGGGCGACAUUCCGCGGCCGCCCAACGACACGGAGGCGCGCAACAUCAGCUGGGGCGGCGGCCGGUUCCCGGGCGCACGUGUCAACUACACCUGCGUGGAGAGCGGGCGGCAGCAGACGGUGGAGUGCGUGGACUUCCGAUGGGCGCCCGAAGAGCUGGACCCCUGCGAUAUAACAAAGGUGUGCCAGCUCCUGCGGAAUGCUCGGGACCUGCAGCACGUCCAGACCGAGGGCAUCUUCAGCCAACAGCAACUCAGUCACUGA